GGGAGGCCGGCUGGGCGGAGGAGGCGGGAGCGAGCGCUGCAGCCUGCGACGUCGGGGCCGUGGCCUCUGCUGUCCGUGCGCCACUCUGGGUCCCUGCGCCCAGGGCGCACGGUGGAGACGGACGCGGCGGCGCCAUGGAGCCACUGCCCUCUGCCCGCGCGGAGCUGCAGUCCCCGCUCGCCAACGUCUCGGACGCCUUCCCCAGCGCCUUGCCCAGUGCGAGCGCCAACGCGUCGGGGCCGCCGGGCGCCCGGAGUGCCUCAUCCCUCGCCCUAGCCAUCGCCAUCACCGCGCUCUACUCGGCUGUGUGCGCAGUGGGGCUGCUGGGCAAUGUGCUCGUCAUGUUUGGCAUCGUCCGGUAUACUAAGUUGAAGACCGCCACCAACAUCUACAUCUUCAACCUGGCCUUGGCCGAUGCUCUGGCCACCAGCACGCUGCCCUUCCAGAGUGCCAAGUACCUGAUGGAAACGUGGCCGUUCGGAGAGCUCCUGUGCAAGGCCGUGCUGUCCAUUGACUACUACAACAUGUUCACCAGCAUCUUCACACUCACUAUGAUGAGCGUGGACCGCUACAUUGCUGUCUGCCACCCCGUCAAGGCCUUGGACUUCCGGACGCCUGCCAAGGCCAAGCUGAUCAACAUAUGCAUCUGGGUCCUGGCUUCUGGUGUUGGGGUCCCCAUCAUGGUCAUGGCAGUGACUCAACCCCGGGAUGGAGCAGUGGUAUGCAUGCUCCAGUUCCCCAGCCCAAGCUGGUACUGGGACACGGUGACCAAGAUCUGUGUGUUCCUCUUCGCCUUCGUGGUGCCGAUCCUCAUCAUCACCGUGUGCUACGGCCUCAUGCUGCUGCGCCUGCGCAGCGUGCGUCUGCUGUCGGGCUCCAAGGAGAAGGACCGAAGCCUGCGGCGCAUCACGCGCAUGGUGCUGGUGGUAGUGGGCGCCUUCGUAGUGUGCUGGGCUCCCAUCCACAUCUUCGUCAUCGUCUGGACGCUGGUGGACAUCAAUCGGCACGACCCACUUGUGGUGGCCGCGCUGCACCUGUGCAUUGCGCUGGGCUACGCCAACAGCAGCCUCAACCCUGUGCUCUAUGCCUUCCUGGACGAGAACUUCAAGCGCUGCUUCCGCCAGCUUUGUCGCGGGCCCUGCGGUGGCCGCCAGGAACCCGGCAGCCUCCGCCAGACCCGCCAGGCCACCGCGCGUGAGCGCGUCACUGCCUGCACCCCCUCCGACGGCCCUGGCGGUGGUGCUGCUGCCUGACCUACCGGCACUCCCCGCUAAGCACCCCACCCAAGAGAAAGUGACCUGGCGGGCCACACCGAACCUCCUGGGAGGCCCGGGCCACCAUCUGGGCAGCUGGAAUGGGGCCUGCGCAGAGGGGUGGCCUCCGGUAGGGGCGGGGCCUGAGGGAUCCAAGGUUUUGGGUUGGAGGGGUGGGGGUGUCAGAGUGAGUGACACCUCCAAUGGGGCAGAGCUUCAAGCCUUGGGAUAGCCUCGAACUCUGGCCUUUUGAAUACCCAGUUCCAAUCUGAGGAUUCCAGCUCUAGAAACCAGCAAGGACAGUGAUGAGAUCGAUGACUUGAUAGCAGGGAGAGUCUGAGCACCUUUGUGGUAUAGGGAGGAGCCUCUUAGGGGAGGUGAGAGGACCAGUCAGGCAGUCAGGAAGGGCACUUAAGGGUUUGGGCAAGAGAUAGACACCGACUGCUCCCCACUCCCCCCACCCCCGUGUAGGUAAGGGGGGCAGAGCUGGGAGCUUCAGUUUGGAGAAGAGUCCAGGGUCUCACCAGGUUCUAACCGCUAAACUCGCCUGAGGCUAGGUCUGAUUUAACUUUUCUAUACAGAGAAUACAAGCUGGGCCUAAUGUGGCAGGUUGGUGUAAUUCCAGUCAUGCUGGAGGCUGAGGCUGGGAAAUUAAAGGCCAGCCUGGGCAACUUAGUGUCUAAAACUAAAAAGUAAAGAGGGCUGAGGGUGUAGCUCAGUGGCAGGGUGUUUGUGGGGGGCUCUGGGAUCAAUGAGACAAAACAAAAAACCCUCCAAACAACAGCAAAACCCCCGGGGGCAGGUCAGUGGGACAGAAGCAGUGGCUCCUGGGUUCUGGAGCAAGGCCCCAGAAUCAAGUUCUGAUGGCAUCCUUGAGGCUCAGGAAGGACUGAGACGGUUCUAGGACCCCAAUAGCACAGACAGGAAGUGGAAGUAGAACCUAGAGUGUUGGCUCAGGGGUUAAGUGCACUUCCUGGUUUUGCAAAGGAUACAGAUUCAGUUCUCAGUACCCACAUGGUGGCUCACAACCAUCUGUAACUCCUGUCCCAGUCAGUCCGAUGCCCUUUUCUGACCUCUGUGGACACCAGGCAUGAACAUGGCUCACAUACACACAUGCAGGCUAAACACUCAUAUACAUAAAAUAGGCCUUAAAAAAAAGUGGAGCUGGACUUGGUGGCUUAGGCCUUUAAUUCCAGCACCUAGGAGGCAGAGGAAGGUGGAUCUCUGUGAGUUCACAUUUAGCUUGGUCUACAGAGUGAAUUCCAGGACACCCAGGGAUAUAUAGUGAGACCCUGUCUCAAAAAACAAAAUAAAACAGAGAUAUGUGUUAGGUGGAGAGUAGAUAGUUGGGCAGGGUGCCGAGGCUUCUGCUUAUGGGUUAAAUCAUGAAGACUGACAGUGGAUGCUUUGGGGAUUCCCAGGGACCUAGUGUCUAUGGAUCAGUACUGGAGCACAGAUACCCACCUUGUUUUGAGUACCCCAUUUGUGGCACCUCAACGUCAGCCAGGAGUUGCCAGAACUACCAAAUACUUGGAUCCUCAAUAAGAACCUGGAAGAAUUUGAGGCCAGCCAGUUCGGGCUCCAAAGCUACACAGAGAAACUCUGUCUGGAAAACAAAACAAAACAAAAAAAAGAUAGAGAAGCUGGAAGGAGUCCCCUCCCCUUCCUCCAGCAUCUGGCUGCCCAUCAGAUAGAUGUCUGGUGUCAGUGACUCUCAGGGACUGGAGCUGCCCAAGUAGGACCCAACUUUGAAGGCAUUGAGGUAAGAAGGUUUUUAUAGCAAUGAUGUCGGCAUGGUCCUUCGCUGGCUCUCCGUUUGCCUCCUGGGUCCCUCAUCUGCUCUAGCUGCCCCCUACCAGCUCCUGAGGGUGGACACAGGAACUUAUCCAUGCACUCCUGGCUCCCAGUUCCCCUGGAUUCAUUGUUUGCCUUGUCCCCUGUGCCUCCCCCACUGCCUGAGCAACCUGCCCCUGACUCUGUAUUGAAGCAGCCUGCUGACAUUCUUGUAAAAACAAAUUUAAUUCUCUUCCUUUUUUGGGA